AUGGCUUUACCUCCAUCCCAGAGCCUCUGGGUGGGGAUGUUGCUGGUGGUAGUGGUGGUGGAGCUCCCAGGAGCCCUGCAGAGGUGCAUCUUUGAUGAGGUUCAAGCUCAGGUCAGAGCUGUGGACAGCCCACCCAAUGAGCCCAGACUCAGAAGGUGGGCAAAGCAGAGGAGUAUCCUGGGAAAGUUUGCUGCACCUACUCCUACCCAACCACAGCCAAUCAGGAUCCAGACCUGGAUUCUGAGAGAGAGCGACAGCUUAUCAGACGCCGAGAGAGGAAGGCUGGAGGCUGCAGUGGAAGAAGCUGUGAGAAUGGUGUCUUCUUUACUGUCAGUGAACAGAGUGCUCGGCCCGCUGCUGCUCAGCAGAGACAUCAACAAAUACUGCAAGUUUCUCUGGAGGAAUUCAAGUACUAUCAACUACAACAGGUGUGGCAGAGCCAACAAAAACUACAGAAAUGAAACGUGUCUGGAUGUGACAAUCCCAGACGACCACCUGGCUGGAUGUGAUAUUUACCCUGAGGCUGAUUCACCCCGCAGGAUUGUUCUCAGACCUGAAGGUGCCGGAGUCCCUGAUACCGACUUCCUGCUUUACCUCCAUGUGCACAGCACUGACAAGUGCAGAGCCGAGCCCAGUGUGCUCGCCUACGCUGUUCACUGCCAGACAGACCCCCGCGGGCGACCUGUGGCUGGGGUGGUGGUCAUCUGCAGGGAACGGCUGACAGGAGCCACAUACAGCCACCAGACUACAGCACAGACUGUCAUUCAUGAGUUGUUCCAUGUGCUUGGAUUUUCUAAGGAUCUCUUCAGCACCUGGAGAGACUGUUCCUCCUCCUUCUCCUCUUCUCGAGUGGGUGCUGAUUGUUCUCCUCGAGGCAAAGUGGCUCACUCUGAUGGAUCAGGCCACAUGAGGAUUUACACCCCAUCCAUCGUUUCAGCCCUGCAGAAGCACCUGGUGUCCACUGAUCCAGAGCUGGGAGGGCCACUGGAGAACCUGGAUGCAUCACCAGGCAGAGUGUCCUCCCACUGGGAGUCCCGGGUCGUGCAGGGGUCCGUUAUGGCGGCAGCACUCGGGGAUCCUACCACAGUCCGGAUCGACCCAGUGACCUUAGCAGCAUUACAGGACACAGGAUGGUACAGCGUCAACCUGAGCCGGGCUCAGAGUCUGGUCUGGGGAGACGGUGAAGGAACCAUGUUUGGCUCUCUGUCAACCUGCCAGGAUAACUCCUCAUCCUUUUUCUGCACUGGCAGUGGAUAUGGGUGUCAUUUUCUUCACCUCCACAAGGGGGAGUGCCAGACUGACCAGUACCUGGAGGGAUGUCGAGUGUAUAAACCUCUCAUGAACGGAAGUGAAUGCUGGAAAAAAGAAAGCAGCAGAUGGUCAGCUGAAGGUGAGCGGAGCGGGGAGAUUUUUGGCUUUGACAGUCGGUGCUUUUUCUCCAGCCUCAUCAGACAGAACCAGAGUCAGUUUCCUCGGGUCAGCGGCUCUGUGGAGGGUCGUUGUUACAGACACAGGUGUACUGGACCCAACAGGUAUCAGAUCCAGGUGUCUGGCUCUGGGUGGGUGGACUGUCCAGCAGGGGGCACCAUUCAGAUUAAAGGAUACCACGGUGCAGUUUUCUGCCCUGACAGGAGGUUAUGUCGCUACCCUGAUGUCUCUCCUCCCUUAGAUGAUGACAGAACACUUCCUGUUGAGACUUCCACUUCAGCCCAGAAUGGGACCUGGUCUCCCCUCAGACCCCCUACAGAGCCAGCUGCAGCCACAGCGCUCUGCCUCACUGCUGCUGGGGGUCUCCUGGCUGCACUGAUGGUGUCCUGCAGGAAAUGUCACUCAUGUAUGAUCAGAAUCCGCAUGGUGGUCCCAGAGGACCAAAGUCACAUGUAAAAAAAA